CAGUGGUAGCUCUGACACCUUCCCGUGAAACCCCUCACAAAAACAUCUCGCACUCGCACCCGUACCCACAUUAACCCAUCCCUCUCUUGCCUCCCAUUGUUUUCCAAACGGACGGCUCUGCAUUUCCGCUUCACUUUCUCGGUGAAAUUCACAGAUGGGUACUCCCAAUUCCUCCGUUUCCUCUCUCCUUCUGGUGGUGGUUACUGUGGUGGGUCUGUUGAGGAUGGCAGAGAUGAAGACAUAUUGGGGAGAUGUACACGUGCUGAAGGAACUGAAAAAUGGACUAGAUCCUAACUCAGUGAAUCCAGGCUCGUGCUUGAGUUCGUGGGACUUUGGAGUGGAUCCAUGUGACAGCCUCUUCAGCGAAAGGUUCACCUGCGGGUUCAGGUGCGAUGUCACGGUGGGCGGGGUGAGUCGGGUCACGGAACUCACUCUUGACUCGGCUGGUUAUACGGGUUCGCUCGGUUCCGCUUCUUGGAACCUCCCUUUCCUGCAGACACUAGACCUCUCAAACAAUUUCUUUUCUGGGCCAAUCCCCGAGUCGUUCGGCAACCUGACUCGUUUAAGUCGACUCGGCCUGUCAAGUAACUCACUCUCCGGUGAGAUACCCGCCUCGAUUGGGUCGCUUUCGAGCCUUGAAGAGCUGUAUCUCGAUAACAACAACCUUCAAGGCGCCAUUCCAGGGAGUUUCAAUGGGCUUUUUAACUUGAAACGGCUCGAAAUUCAAUCGAACAAACUCUCCGGUGGGUUUCCCGAAUUGGGUUCUCUCAAAAAUCUCUACUUUCUUGAUGCAAGCAACAAUGCCAUUUCUGGGUAUCUCCCUGCCACACUGCCGCCCUGUCUGGUCCAAUUUUCCAUGAGAAACAACACCCUCCAAGGCACAAUCCCUCAGAGUUUCAAAAUUUUGAACUCUUUACAAGUAUUAGACCUGAGCCAGAACAAACUCAGUGACUCUGUUCCUUACUUCCUCUUCACCCACCCAUCUCUCCAACAACUCACUCUCUCCGCCAACUACUUCACCUCCGUCCAAUCCCCAUCAAAUCUGGACCUCCAAAGCGAGCUCAUAGCCAUCGAUUUGAGCGACAACCAACUUCAAGGUUUCUUACCCCCAUUCCUGGCCCUCAUGCCAAAGCUCUCUGCUUUAUCCCUAGAGAAUAACAAGUUCACUGGAAUGAUCCCCACCCAAUACGCAUUAAAAACAGUUCUCCCCGGAACCGGAGUCGCCCCGUUCGCCAGACUAUUCCUCGGAGGAAACUACUUGUUUGGACCCAUCCCAGCUCCAUUAAUGCAGCUGAAACCGGGCACUGCAAACGUGAGGUUAGCUGAUAAUUGUUUGUUUAGGUGUCCGAUUAGCUUCUUCUUCUGCCAAGGUGGUGAUCAAAAAUCUCUGGUGGAAUGUAGGAGCUUCAGCCCUGUAAUUCCUUGAUCGCUUCAGCCCUGUAAUUCCUUGAUUAUAAUUAUUAUUAUUAUUAUUAUUAUUACAAAAGCGUUUUCAGUUCUGUCUUUUCCAUUGUGUUUCUGGCUUGUGAUCUGUUCUUCAAUUUUCUUUCUCCUAGAUUCAUUUGAGUCAGAGAGAAAAUCUAGUUCUUAAUAACACUAGAUUUAGAUUUUUCCAGUACAUGAUGAAAGGGAAAGUGGGUUUACUAGAUUUUUCCUGUAGUCUGACAAAAGGACGGUACAUCAACGUGGGUUGUGGGGCUCGGGGUUUCACGAGAUGGCUGGCUGGACCACUUAUUCUCCCUUUGGAUCGGCCCAGUUUGUGCUUACAAUCAUUGGGUCAUUGUGGGGGUCCUUUAGUUGAGCCCGCCGUUUCUACCCAAUCGGGCCCCGUUUACAAUGGUCCAA